AUGUUGACAUGCGUAAAAACUACACUUCCCCAAAGCUGUCACGGAGCGCUGCCGCCUCCUAUUGGCUGUUGGCUCCAGCCGCAGCCCCAGAGAAUGAAUGAAAUUGAAAUAGCUGCUACAUUACAUGUACAAUACCGGGCUCUGCAGUGUUGCAUUCUAUCACACUGUAUCAAAAUGGCCACAGCGGUGCAGAACCCCCUCAAAACGCAAUCUGGAGGUGCAGUCAUCAAGAACAGUCUUGGUGAGGAGUUUUACAAGGAGGCUAUCGAACACUGUCGCAGCUACAAUGCCCGUUUGUGUGCCGAGCGCUCCAUGCGUCUUCCAUUCCUGGACUCCCAGACCGGUGUGGCCCAGAGCAACUGUUACAUCUGGAUGGAGAAGAACCACCGUGGACCAGGCCAUGCCCCGGGGCAGUUGUACACAUACCCUGCUCGCUGCUGGCGCAAGAAGAGGCGGCUAAACAUCCUGGAGGACCCGCGGCUCGUACCCAUUGAGUUCAAAAUUGACUACGAGGCUUCUCUAAAGAAAGAGGGGGGAAUACCUGACGGCCCCGUGCUGGAGUCGCUGCUUGCUGGGGAAACCUUAGACAAGAAGGUAGAAACCAAGGAAGAAGAGCCCAUGAGUGAAUGUCAGAAGCUGCUUGUCGGGGAUUUCCCUCAUGAGCUGGAGGUGGAUGAGCUGGAAGAAGAUGUUCCUAAGAGAAAGAACCGCACCAAAACACGGGCCUACGGUGUCGGAGGCAUGAGGAAGAGACAAGAGUUGCCUGCCAUUGAAGACAGAGACAAGCCUUACGUCUGUGACAUCUGUGGAAAGCGCUAUAAGAACCGCCCGGGGCUGAGUUACCAUUACACUCACACCCACCUGGCAGAUGAGGAGGGGGAGGAAGACUCGGAGCGACACACACUACCCUUCCAGCGCAAGAACAACCACAAGCCCAAGAAAGCGGCGGACGGCUCAGUGAUCGCCAACGGUUACUGCGACUUCUGCCUCGGAGGCUCAAAGAAGACCGGCUGUCCUGAGGACCUCAUCUCCUGUGCAGACUGUGGACGCUCAGGCCACCCGUCCUGUCUGCAGUUCACAGUGAACAUGACGGCUGCGGUGAGGACUUAUCGCUGGCAGUGCAUCGAGUGCAAGUCCUGCAGCCUGUGUGGCACGUCUGAGAACGAUGACCAGCUGCUGUUUUGUGAUGAUUGUGACAGAGGUUACCACAUGUACUGUCUGAGUCCUCCCAUGUCUGAACCACCGGAGGGGAGCUGGAGCUGUCAUCUUUGUCUGAGACAGCUGAAGGAGAAGGCCUCAGCCUACAUCACACUCACUUAAUCCACGAAGCGGUGCCUCAUUCUCCUUCCUCCUCUCUCAAACCUUCCCCUCCACGCUCCUCUCUGUGCCUCAGCCACUCCCCUCCUCCUCCUCCUCCUCCUCCUUCAGAAUCAGUACCUUUGACCUUUGACACGACCAAGCACACGGCACCAUGCGCAUCUUUGAAGCCAUUCUCCAGUGACGGGCCAAACCUCUGUCCUUUAUCUCAUAUCAAUUCCAUGUUGUGCUUCGGUCCCUAACACAGGAAUUCAUUAGCUGGCAAGUUUGCCAGCGAGACACGCACACACACGCGCACACACACACACACACACACACGCACACACACACACACACUCCAGACUGCCAAGGGCACUUCAGAGGCGUGCUACCCCACAGGAACCCUCUUAAAGGCCCUUGGAAGACCCUCGCUGAUCUUCAGCUGAAAGUCUUUAGAGACUGAACUCUUGUAUUGAUGAGAUGAACAGGUGAAGUGCUGAGGACCGAGCCUGGAAGACUCCAGAUCAUCAUGGAGCCGUCAUGGUGUCCGGUGCAGCAGGACGUUUGGACUCUGCACUCAGCACUCGAUGACCAGCGCAGUGUCAGAGGGGGCGGGGGGGAGUGAAUUGUACAGAAUGAAGACUGAUUUCCCCCCCCCCCAUUUGAAGACACCUGCUCAGACCACCUUUGACCUUUGACCUCACCCCACCCUCUCUCUUUGCAUGAGGUUUCCACAAAUGAACAAUGCAUUUUGAGAUUGAGACUGGGGUUUAAAUGUUUGGAUAAAAGGAAAUAUGGAAUUUUUUUUCGCCCCUACAAUGUAUUUAAAAAUGACGAUUUAGCAUCCUUCACAACCUUUUACCUGACCUCUAACCCCUCAAACACCACCCCAGCC